GUUUACAACCAUUAUAUGUAUGUAAAUCACAUUUUCAAUCUUCAAAUCCAUCAAUUUGAUCAUUCUUUCAUCAACAUUAUUAAUGGCAUUUCAAACCAGAUCACCACACUCUCCUCUUCUACCCAUAAUGCUCUUCAUAUGCCUGUCAUUCACAACUGCGGUGCCUUCGCCUUACGCCCCUAGUUACGCCUGCGACACGCAUAAAAACCCGAGCUUGAAGAAGUACGCAUUUUGUAAUACUAAACUCGAUAUCAAAACGCGAGUGAAAGAUUUGGUAAAAAGGCUGACAUUGCAAGAAAAGGCUGGGAGUAUAGUGAGCAUGACCGAUAGCAUCCCUCGCCUUGGGAUACCAUCGUACGGGUGGUGGUCAGAGGCGUUACAUGGUGUUUCGGACACCGGACCAUCCACCUGGUUUAACGCGAGUGUGAUCCCUGGAGCCACUAGUUUCCCACAAGUCAUUCUCACUGCAGCCUCAUUCAAUGAAUCUUUAUUCUAUUCCAUUGGAAAGGUUGUUUCUACCGAGGCGAGAGCUAUGUACAACACGGGUGUUGCCGGACUAACGUUUUGGUCACCAAAUGUAAACAUCUUUCGAGAUCCUAGAUGGGGACGAGGUCAAGAAACACCAGGAGAAGAUCCGGUCCUAACGAGUAGAUACGGAUCAAGAUAUGUUAGAGGUCUACAAGAAAGAGAGGAUGGCGAUAAGGAACGACUCAAAGUCGGAGCUUGUUGCAAACAUUACACCGCUUAUGAUCUUGAUAACUGGACUAGCGUCGACCGAUUUCAUUUCAAUGCAAUCGUAACAAAGCAAGAUUUGGAAGAUACAUAUAACCCUCCAUUUAAAAGUUGUGUUUUGGACGGAAAUGUUGCAAGUGUUAUGUGUUCUUACAAUCAAGUUAACGGCAAACCAACUUGUGGUGAUAAAGAGCUUUUACUAGAUACGGUUCGCGGCGAAUGGAAGUUAAAUGGGUACAUUAGUUCCGACUGUGAUUCGGUAGAAGUCAUGUUCCGAAACCAGAAAUAUGCUAAAACACCAGAGGAAGCUACAGCAGAUGCGUUAAAUGCAGGGUUGGAUCUCAACUGUGGGGACUCACUAAAGAAUUUCAGCGCAUCAGCGGUCAAGAAGGGUCUAGUGAAACAGUCGGUAGUUGAUCGCGCUGUCACGAACAGUUUCACAACGCUUAUGAGGCUCGGGUUUUUCGAUGGUAACCCAAGCAAGCAAUUUUAUGGGAAGCUAGGCAAGAAAGAUGUGUGUACGCCUGCUCAUCAGGAUCUAGCACGUGAAGCCGCUAGACAAGGGAUUGUGUUGCUUAAAAACAGUGUCAGAUCGUUACCACUUCGUAAACAUUCGAUCAAAACGCUAGCUGUAAUCGGGCCUAAUGCGAAUGCCACUAGAGCUAUGAUUGGCAACUAUGCAGGAGUUCCAUGUAAAUACACAUCUCCUCUAAAGGGGCUUUCGGAUUAUGUUAAAACCGUGUACGAAGAAGGUUGUGACGUGACUUGUAACUCGAACGCGAUGUUUGGAAAGGCGAAGGAUGCAGCCGCUAAGGCAGAUGCGGUUGUUCUAGUUGUGGGUUCCGAUCUUUCGAUAGAGGCGGAGGCUCAUGAUAGGACCAAAAUCUAUCUUCCUGGACAACAAAAUCUUCUUGUUUCCGAGGUCGCUAAAGCCGCUAAAGGACCUGUGAUUCUUGUUAUAAUGUCGGGUGGCGGAAUGGAUGUCGAGUUCGCGAAAAGUGACCCGAAAAUCACUAGCAUUUUAUGGGUUGGGGUUCCGGGUCAAGAAGGUGGUGGCGCUUUAGCUGAUGUCGUUUUCGGUCGUCAUAAUCCAAGUGGACGAUUACCAAUGACAUGGUAUCCGGGAUCAUACACAGACUUGGUGCCAAUGACCAACACCUUGAUGCGACCCAACCCAAAAAUGGGUCUACCGGGCCAAACCUACAGGUUCUAUACAGGCAAAACUGUUUUUCCAUUCGGGUUUGGGCUAAGCUACACUUCAUACGUUUACAAAGACAUUAAAGCACCCAAACACGUAUCGAUCCCAUUGCACCGAGCUCACCCUUGCCGCUCAUCGAAGUGCAACGACAUAGAUGCAGCCGUUUGCCAUAACCUGCAUUUUGAUGUAGAUGUCACGGUAACCAACAUGGGAAAGAAGUCCGGAAGCCACACGGUGAUGCUGUUCUCGUCUCCACCGAUGAUCUACAACGCGCCACAGAAGGAGUUGAUCGAUUUCAAGAAGGUGUGGUUGGCGCCAUGGCAGCGGACUGUGGUGAGGUUUAGAGUGGAUGUGUGCAAGAGUUUGAGUGUAGCUGAUGAAAAUGGUAUCAGGAAAGUUGCAUUGGGUCCAUAUGUUCUUCAGUUGGGUGACCUCAAACACAAUGUGAGUUUAAAGGUGUGAAGUGGGUGAGUUGUUUUAUCCAUUCGUUGGUUUAAUUUUGCAAGAAUUAGGGUUCAUAAUUGUAUGUAGUUGGUUUAUU